AUGACCUCAUCCAGCCUCAGGGGCCUCCGCGAGGGCCGGCGGCCAUUCCCGGGGGGCCUGGAGGAACGGGCUGCGCGCUCGGCGCCUCCGCUCGCCAGCGAUAAAUUAGCCCAGUUAAAAUCAGCGGGACGCGUGUACUCAACGCUGAUGUUUCCCUGCACGCAGACGGUGGCGUCGCCCGGGCGGCGGGCGGCAUCCAUCACCAGGCCACCCCCAUCCCUGGCGGGAGCCGAGCCCCCCCCCGAAGGCCACCCCCCAUCCCUGGCGGGAGCCGAGCCCCCCCCGAAGGCCACCCCCAUCCCUGGCGGGAGCCGAGGGCCACGGGGAGGGGGGAGGCCAGGCCUGCGCGGUCGGGGGGCUCCUCGUGCUCCUCGGCGGCCUUCCGGCGUCCGGGGGGACCCUGACCCGGGCGUGGGCGGCCUCUCCCCGGGUCAGGGUCCCCGGGCCAGCCUGCUCCGGCUGGCCCGGGCCCGGGGACCCGAGCGGGGGUGUCAGCCCUCGGUGGCCCUGCCCUGCUCCUCCGCAGACCGCGACGGCCGCGGGGUCCUCACCCGGACGCCGCCCCCAGGCGGGGGCGAGCCGGGGCCGGUCCGGGUCAGGACGCGCGGGGUAAGUCCGGCGGCGAGUGCCCGGCACAGCGUGGCCCGGGCAGCCCCGGGCUCGGCGCCCCGGCCGCGCCAGGGAAGAGCCCGGCCCUGCCCCCGCCGACCCCGCCGGGCACCGCCACGCGGGCCCCCGUCAGCAGCCCGGCUGUCUGCCUGCCACGGAGCCCCUGGAAGCGUCCAGAAUUAA